ACACCCUGCAGGAUCCUCCCCUGAGGCAGGUGAGCACUGGGACGGGCGUGACUUUUCUCAGAGCACAACUUGAGUUCUUUCAGCUUCUGCUGAGUUCACUUCCUUUCCUCAGAGCAGCCCAGAAGCCGAGCAGAGCCGAGCACGAGGAGAAGCACGCGCCAGAAAUGGAGAACCUCAGUAUCCCACUCCCAGAUCUCAGCAAAGAACAACAAGACAUUUUCCAGAGGGCUUUUACUGCUGAUGACAAUUACUUGGAGAAUCACGAGAAAAUGCACCAGUCCUUCUGGGAAUCACUGGUAAAAAGCUUAGCCACCACUGAUCCACCUAUCCUGGCCGCUGAAGAGAAGAACAGUCUCCUCAACAGGUGCAGCGUCCUGCCUGGGGGCUGUGCAGCCUGCCUGAAAGCCAUAGAGAUGAAAGGCGUCAGGGCAAUGGCAGUCCUUUACCUCUUGCUGAAGAGUUCCAACCCAUCUGUGUAUCAGCAGCUGCCCAGUUCCAAAGGAAAGGAUGAAAAAUUAAAACUCCUCAAGAGAUUGGAAAGAAAUCUCAUGCUUUCACAAGAGGAUAAAAAGGCUGAAAACUCCUCCCAGGAAUCCACAGAUGAAGAUACACGCGACAGCGAUGAAGAAGAUUUAGGAAGACACAAGACUGAAGGCCACCUGCUUGGAGGUAUACCAGCUGAGGUUGUUCCCUACGGAGAUUCAGAAAUAACCAGAAGAGAAGAUUCAACUGCAGAUGCAUAUGGGAACAAGAACAUUCACCCUCAAUGGUGGACAGUACGGUGGAUGGGCAUACGCAAGGAUGAUGAAUUCUUUCAUUUUGUUAUUCUUUGCUUCGCAAUUGGAGCUUUACUAGUUUGCUACUACUACUACAAAGAUUGGACAAUUUCUCUUGGAAUUGGUUUAAUCACCUUUGCUUCUCUGGAAACCACUGGGAUUUAUUUUGGUCUAGUGUAUCGACUUCGGAGCGUGCUGGAUGGUUUUGUUCCUCUGAUCGAGAAGUUCAGGCCAACAGGUAUGAGGAAAGCUGCCUAAGAGCAUUUCAGAAGAAUUCAACAAAACUCUCCUGUUUGGAUUUACAGAAUUAAAAGAACUGCUUUAUCAGGCAGUCAUAAAAUCAUAACAGCUAACACAAAACACUGAAACGUUGAACAAUAGAAAUAUAUUCAGUCCACUCAAAAAUGAAGUUAAAACUGAAGAGAUUUGUAACUCAGUUGAGCUCAUAAAAUUAUUUAGAUCCAAGUUUAUAUUUAAUUCUGCUCAAUAUAAGCAUUUUUUUCCUUCCCUCCCACGUUUAUUCACAUUAAGUCCAGCCGUGGUGUAUGAAAAUCAACACAAAGACCUGCACUAUUUUCAGCUGGUUCUGGAUGUUUCAGUAGGAAUCUUGGCACCAGAAAGCCACCUCCUCUUUACCCUUCUGAUGCUGCAAGUCAGGCAGACACCAGCUGCCUGCUUACACAGUUGAGCCCCAGCAGUGCAAUAGCACUGAAGCAGAUUAAUUUAUUGUGGCAGAACUUAAUAUAGUGGGCAUAUAAUGAUUUCUCCCAGUGAAAGCUGGGCAAGAUUUUACAUGCAGUGACAUAAUGGUGCAUUAAUGAGGUUGUUAACAGCAGCAAAUUUCAUCUCUUUGAAGAGGAGAGAAAUAAAAU